CACGUGAAUGUGGAUUUGUGUUUUGCUACCUUAAUCCAGUUAUUGGAUAAGACACGGGGAAAACCGAAGAUUAUUCCAUAUCUGGAUGCUUAUAAGCAGCAGAGACAACUUGUUGCUUCAGCAACAGACAAGUUUGAAAAGUUAAUUGUUCAGGCAGUGAAAGAUUAUCAUUCAGACUGGAAAGCUGUGAGUAAUAAGUUGAAAAACCAUCCUGAUUAUGAAGAGUACAUAACUUUGGAGGGGUCAAAGAAGGCAAAAAAUACAUUUUCUAAGCACAUUGAGCAACUCAAACAGGAACAUAUUAAAAAGCGACGGGAGGAAUAUAUCACUUUAUUACCAAAAGUCCUUAAUGCGUUGCUUCCCGACCUUGAAGAAAUUGAGCACUUGACCUGGUCGGAAGCUCAAAAUGUUUUGGAACAAAGGUCUAACUUUCCACUCUGGUUUGUUGUACUAGAAAAAACACCAUGGGAUGAAACUGACCACAUAGAUAAUAUAAAUGAUAAAAGACUUCCUUUUGAUCUGCUUAAUACAUCAGAAGGAGAAAAGGUGUACCACAAUCAUGUGCAACAUUUAAUUUCUGAGAGGAGAAGGGUUGAAAUGAAGGAGAAGUUUAAAAAACACCUUGAAAAGGUGCAAUUAAUUACACCUGGUAAGCCCUGGGAGGAGGUUUUAUGCUUUGUCAUAGACAAUGAAGCUUGUAAAUUUAUAACUGAUGCUGACCGCCGAGAGGUUUAUAGUAGACAUCAGCAAGAAAUAGUUGAAAAAGCAAAAGAGGAAUUCCAAGAAAUGCUUUUUGAACACUCUGAACUUUUUUAUGAUCUAGAUCUUAAUGCAACACCCAAAAUGAGUGAAAUCAAUACUGUUCUGAGUGAAGAACCAAGGUACAGAGCUUUACAGAAGCUUGCACCAGAUCGUGAAUCUCUUUUGUUAAAGCACAUAGGAUUUGUGUAUCAUCCAACUAAAGAAACGUGUCUAAGUAGCCAAAAUUGCAUGGACAUUAAGGUAGAACAGUUGCUUUCUACCAAUCUGAUAGAAUUUGAUAACAACCGGCCAAACACAUAUCAGGACAGUGCCAAUAUUGACAAACUUAAUGUUGUUCUCUUGGGUCGGGAUGGGCUUGCACAAGAACUAGCCAAUGAGAUUCGAGCUCAAUGUACCGAUGAUGAGUAUACUUUAGAUGGUAAAAUUUAUGAACUGGACCUUCAACCAAUUGAUUUAAACACUUUUGUGAUGUCUGGCUUAACACUGACCAAUCAACCUCAUGGAUAUUUCUGUGUCUAUAACUCUACAGAGUCAUUUAGUGGUAUGGCAGAUUGCCUAGAACGAAUAAGAAGUGAAACGACCCCAAACAGGAAGGGCAGGAUUUUAACGAAUCUUCCAUUUACACUAAUAUUAGCAAGCCAGAGAGACAUCGGUUGCAAGAACUUGCCUAUUUUAAGACUACAAGGGCAGCAACUUGCCAAUAAGUUACAAUGUCCUUUUGUUGACGUACCCUCUGGAACUUAUACGCGCAAAUUUCAUGAAUUCCAAAUAAAACAAGCUCUUCGAGGACUUCUUGAUGCAUUGAAACACAAUUUAAAUGUUGUCAGUCCCUUGCCCAAUAUUAAAGAUCUGUCAGAAGCUGACUUGAGAAUUGUCAUGUGUGCCAUGUGUGGAGAUCCAUUUAAUGUUGACUUAAUCCUUUCACCUUUUUUGGAAUCACAGUUUUGUAGCGCUACUCAACCUGGUCACAACAACUCACUCCUUCUUGAGAAGAUUAUUGGUGAAAAACGCAAAAGAAUUCAGAUCACAAUACUUUCAUAUCACUCGUCCAUUUGUGUUAGGAAGGAUGAGUUAGUCCAUGGAUAUAUCCUAGUUUAUUCAGCAAAACGAAAGGCAUCCAUGGCAAUGCUCCGUGCAUUUUUGGCAGAAGUUCAAGAUGUUAUUCCAGUGCAGCUUGUGGCAGUUACUGACAGUCAAGCUGACUUUUUUGAAAGUGAAGCAAUUAAGGAGUUGAUGACUGAGGGUGAGCAUAUAGCAACUGAGAUAUCUGCAAAGUUCACUGCAAUAUAUUCUUUAUCGCAGUAUCAUCGGCAGACAGAAGUCUUCACACCAUUCUUCAGCGAAGUUCUGGAGAAGAAAAAUAGCAUUGAAAAUUCGUAUAUAUAUGAUAGCGCUAGAGAAUCCACAAAUGUUAGUGAAGACCUUUCUUUAUCUCCUCGGGCAAGUUCUCCAGCUUACAAUUAUUACCCAGAUUCAGAAGAUGACAAUGAAGCACCUCCACCUUAUAGCCCUAUUGGGGAUGAGGUGCAGUUGCUUCCAUCAUCAAGUGAUCGUUCCAAACAUCGCCCAGAUUUUGAAGGAACUGAAUAUCCAGUUCAUAGUAGUCCAGUUGUUAAUCAUGAUAACCAUAAAGUGCCUCCACCUAUUAAACCUAAACCUGCUAUUUCGAGGCAUGAUGUGAGAAAACUUGAUCCAAAUCUCGUAAAAACCAUUGAACAGGUCAUUGGUAAAAAUCCAAAGAGACAGAAUCGUGGACCUUUUGGCUAUCUGGAUGAAUUAGAUCCAUCUGACAAUUAUUCCGUUCCAAAAGAUGCUGUAUUAAAACCCAAAGUGGACGAUGAAAUAUAUUCGACUCCCCAGGACUCCAAGAAUACUAAGAUUGUAAGAAAACCAAAUUUGAUUGGGGGAAAUAAUUCUCAAGGUGAGGAAGAAAAUGGAUUAAUUGAUAGAUCAUCAAAGCCACCGAUAAUACGGAAGCCUUCAAAAUAUAAAUACAAAUCCAAGACACUUUUUAGAAAGGCUAGACUGUACUAUAGAAGGAGAGAACGCUUUGAUGUCAGUGAUGAUGAAACUGUGCCUUCUUCCUCACGAAAACCAAAGAAGGGGAAAAAUCAUCGUGGGAGUGAGGAAGAUCCUUUAUUGUCCCCAGAAAAUUGUGGGAAAGCAGGCAUUGAUAACCCUGCUAUUGCAUCUGAUCCAGAAGUCGAUGAUGUAAGGAGGCAUAGAAAAGACAAGAAGCCAGCAAAACCAAAGUCACAAAAACCAAACAAAAAGGGACAGAAACCUACCUUACCAUCAAGGAGAAAUUGGGACAGCAAUUACUUUGGAGUGCCCCUUGAAGAUGUGGUUACUCCUGAUCGCCCUGUACCAUCUUUUAUUGAAAGAUGUGUGGAGUACAUUGAAUCUACAGUUUUGCGAUACUAUGAUUUUCCAGAUAAUAAUUGUGCUAAUCGUUACAUCUCGCCUGAGGUGUGGUGUCCAGCACUAGAUGCAAUCCUGCAGUUGAAGCCGAAGUAA